GGAACAUUGUAAUUCGGUGUAGUAUUUCGAAAAUACUUCCUUUUCCGGUUAUCCAAAUAACAACAAGAUGGCAGAUCAGGAGCAAGUGAAGAAGAAGCGUACAUUCAGAAAGUAUGCCUUCAGGGGUGUCGAUCUUGAUCAGCUUCUUGACAUGUCAAGUGAACAAUUGACAGAGCUGUUCACCUGCCGUGUGCGCCGCAAGUUCCAAAGAGGACUGAAGAGGAAGCCUCUGGCACUCAUUAAAAGGUUGCGAAAGGCAAAGAAAGACGCUCCUGCACUUGAGAAACCAGAGGUUGUUAAGACCCACUUGAGGAACAUGGUGAUCGUUCCCGAGAUGAUUGGCAGCAUUGUGGGUGUAUACAAUGGAAAGACAUUUAACCAGGUGGAAAUCAAGCCGGAGAUGAUUGGCCAUUACCUUGGAGAGUUCAGCAUCACAUACAAGCCAGUGAAGCACGGACGGCCCGGUAUCGGUGCCACCCACUCUUCCAGAUUUAUCCCUCUGAAAUAGACUGUGUCUUGUACAAUUAAUUAAAUAAAGAGAAAAACAC